UCUUCUCCCUAGACUGGCAUGGGACAUCUCCGUGUUACAAAAGAAGGUCUUCGUCUAGAAGGGGAAUCAGAAUUCUUAUUCCCUCUCUAUGCCAAAGAAAUUCAUUCUCGAGUGGACUCAUCGCUGCUUCUCCAGUCUACUCACAAUGUGACUGUGAACGCUCGCAAUUCAAAUGGAGAGGUCACAGGCAGAUUAAAUGUGGGUCCUAAAAUGGUAGAAUUUCAUGGUCAGCAAUUUCAGAUCAACUCCAAGGAUGGCAAGCCACUUUUUACUGUGGAUGAAAAUGAGGUUGUAAUUGGCACAGAUAAGCUUCGAGUCACAGGGCCCGAAGGAGCACUUUUUGAACACUCUGUAGAAACACCACUUGUGAAGGCAGAGGCUUUUAAACAGCUUAGAUUGGAAUCACCAACUCGAUCUUUGAGCAUGGACGCACCAAGAGGCAUUAAUAUCAAAGCACAAGCUGGGAAUAUCGAAGCUCUUUCCCAGAUGGAUAUCAAGCUGCACAGUAGUGAUGGUGUGCUUUUGCUGGAUGCUGAAACCGUGCGAUUGCCCAAGCUGCCGGAGGGAACAAGAGGUGGCUCUGGUAUUUCUCAGGGGCUCUACGAGAUCUGCGUCUGCCCGGAUGGAAAGCUCUACUUGUCAGUGGCUGGCGUGGGCUCCACUUGCCAGGAAUACAGCCGUGUCUGUCAAUAAAGCACCAGAAAAAUGCCACAUAUUCCCUUGCUAUUCUGAGUUUUGUAUUACUACUAACAGCGCAUUACUGAAAGCAGAAAUUUAAAAAAGAAAGCACUUGAGUUUAGGAAACGAAUCUGUACCUA